UUAGCUAUUAUGUUGGCUCGAAUCAAGUGGAGUUAUCCUGAUAUUCGCGAUGCCAUUUGGAAUAUUGAUGAUCACAGACUAUCAGUAGACAAUCUUAUGGCUAUUCGGCAGUAUAUCCCUACAAAAGAAGAGAUUGAAACUAUCAAAGAAUACGAAGGAGAUGUAGAGAUGCUUGGUAAUGCAGAGCGUUACUUCCGCUCGAUUAUGUAUAUACCUCGAUUGGCAGACCGUGUUAGUUGCAUGAUUUUCAGACGUCGGUUCAAGCAUGAGUUGGAGGAAAUCAUUCCUCGUCUUGAUACACUUCAAUAUGCAAUCUCAGAGUUAAGGGACAGCAUACGAUUCAAGCGAGUGUUAAAGACAGUAUUAGCUAUUGGCAAUCAUCUAAAUUCUCAAACUAUUCGUGGUAAUGCUUAUGGAUUCCAUUUAGAUGCACUUUUAAAGAUGAGAGAUACUCGUGCAGAGGGUGAGGGUGUGAGCAAUAUGCCAACCUUAUUACAUUACCUGGUAUACUUUUUGGCCAAGUCUGACGACAGUGUCGUGAACUUUAAAGAAGAUAUUUGUCACUUGGAAGCAGCUGCCAAAUGUACAGUAAUAUACAUAUAUAUUAAUAUAAUCGAAUUAUGA